CUUUCGCCAAUUCCGCUUACGCUGUCUCUCUACUCUUUUUGACUCUUGUGAAAGAAAUCUAACCUCGAUUCAUGCAAGGUUUUGAGCACGAGGUUUCGUUAUCAAUUCAUGUAAUCCACAGUGUCUCCCCUAUGUUUUUUUUGGUCUUCCACCCUCUUGUCUCCCCUCUCUUUCUCCCUCUCUAUUAUAUAAGGUGUUUGUCUCAAAGGUGGUGGUGCAGGUUCUGAGCUGUUGAGGUUAAGCUUGCUGAGGAAAAUUUGCUGGAACACACAGCCAAGAAAAUCUUUCAACAGAUUGAGGUAUCUGAAUUUGCUCUGUUUGCGGAAAAGAUAGAAUGGAGGGUGGUCAGUUUUGGGGGCAGAAGAUGGGUAAUUUGCAUGAUCUAGAGCACGCAGAGGAUGGUGAUGAGCUGAAACUGUGGUCACAAUUGCCAUCCAUCCCUCAACCUCAAACGCCGAAGGAGCCAAUGGAGUUCUUGUCCAGAUCCUGGAGCCUUUCUGCUCUGGAAAUUUCAAAAGCUCUUAAAGAGAAGCAGUGUGUUCUUGACAAAAAUCCCAGCAUAAUCCCAGAAAUGGUUGCUGCACCACAGCUUACAGGAAAGGUUAUGAACUGGGUUAGUACUCGAAGAACAGUAUCAAUAGGAAAAUGGUUCCACCACAAGGAGAUGGGAAGUAGCGGGGUGAAGAAGAAAGAUAGGAUGCGGGUGGAGAAUGCCCGGGUGCAUGCCACCAUGUCUGUUGCUGGACUGGCUGCAGCCUUGGCUUCAGCGGCUGCAGCAGAGAACUCCAGUGGAUCAGGCUCGAAAAUGAGCGCGGCUUUGGCAUCAGCCACAGAACUCCUGGCAUCACAUUGCAUUGAGAUCGCUGAGUCAGCAGGAGCUGAUCACGAUCGGUUGGCAUCGGUUGUCAGAUCAGCAGUGGAUAUUCACAGUCCUGGUGAUCUAAUGACUCUCACUGCUGCAGCUGCAACAGCUUUGAGAGGAGAAGCAGCCCUGAAAGUAAGAUUGCAGAAAGAAACAAGAAAAAAUGCAAGUAUAAGUCCCUAUGAAGCUCCUUUUGUUGCUGAUUUCCACAGUGAAAUGGAAGAACAGGAUCCUCCCUGCACAGGUGAACUACAGCAGCACACACAAAAGGGAGUGCUUCGGUGGAAGCGUGUCACUAUCUAUAUCAAUAAGAAAUCACAGGUAAUAGUUAAGCUCAAAAGCAAACAUGUUGGAGGAGCCUUCUCCAAAAAGAAUAAAUGUGUUGUUUAUGGAGUCUGCAAUGAGACCGCUGCAUGGCCCUUCAGAAAAGAAAGAGAAAACAUCGAAGCCUAUUUUGGACUGAAAACUGCACAGGGUUUUCUAGAGUUUAAGUGCAAGAGCAAGAUCCAUAAGCAGACCUGGGUUGAUGGGAUUCAGAAUCUCCUCCGUCGAGUCAGUUGCAUUGAAGCCACUGAACACUCGUUGGAAAUCUUAAAUAUCAAUAAGAGCAUUUGAUUCUUUUGUGCAUAUGUAUUUUAAGAAUACAGGAGAUAAAACCUCGCUAAUGUUUUGUACUGUGUGACCAAACAUAUAAGAAGAAAUGCUAUUUUAAGUAAAUGAGAGAAAUAAUUAUACCUCAUUCUCCCACAAUCAUAUUUGCAUCACAGUCUCAUAGUAGACUCCGUCGAAUGUAUAAUUAUAAUAUUGAAAUGAAA